GGCUCGGAGGACUCGGGUGUUUCCGGCUGGGCUCGGCAGUGAACCGCUGUGGAUGUGGGAAUGCGGUUGCCGGAGGCAGCGGGCAUUGCUGGACACUCGGCGGAGAUGUGCGUACAGAAACUGGAGCCCUCCACGGUUGGCAGUCAUCCAAGUUAACGGGCUGUUUUGGGGAUGAGUGUGGCGGCCCCGGACGUCUCGGUGUCGCUCGCUGUUUUUUUUUCCCCCUCCUAUUUUUCCGGGGAUUUUCUAUCUUAUACAGGGAGGAGGAAUGAGAGAGAAACCAAGAAGGAUUCCCCAGCACUAUGGAGCCACGCAUUGCAGGCAGCUGUGAAAGGUGAUGCAAUGAAAAGCAUCUGACCCACAACUGCAAACAUUUACCGGGUGCUGCCGCAGAUUGGAGUGAUAAUAGAUAACAGCAUCAAGAUCUACAAAUGUUCAACAAUUGUGGAGUUUGUGAAGCCAAAAGCGGCAUCAUGUUCUACGGUUCUUCCUCCGGGGCCAGUAUGUCCCUGCCGUCCAAGAGCCGCCUGAAACGCCAGAGCAGGACCUUCACACAGGUCCUGUACCGCACUCUGAGUUACAGAGACCGUGUCCCAGUAGAAACUGGAACAAACACUCGUGGGGACAGGCGCUCCACGACUGAACCCCCAGAGCGACCGACGGACGACCCGGCCGAACUCUCCACGCAGAGCUCGGCCCCGGGGGUGCUGAAGAUCUUUGGAGAUGAAAUCUGUGCCGGUGCCAACUACAAGAGCGUCCUGGCCACGCCGCGCUCCAGUGCCCAGGAGCUGGUCAAAGAGGCACUCGACCGUUACUCUCUCAACAAGAACGCUGCCCACUCUUACGUCCUGUGCGACGUCAUUGGGCGUUUGGAGGGGGAAGGUGGGAUAGGAGAAGGGGGGUGGCGAACCGAAUGCUUGCGUGCGAUGGGGGACAACGAAAAGCCGCUGUUGCUCCAGGAGCUUUGGAAACCCAGAGAGGGACACGCUCGCAGAUUUGAGCUGCGCAGGAGGGCAGAGGUGGAGGAAUUCAACGCCAAAGAGAAGGACACCAUCACUGCUGGGCCCAAAACCUCCCAGUUCCUGGCGGCUCUAAUGGGUCGGUCUGGGCUGGGCAAACACAGGAGCUCCCCCCUGCGCUGUGGUCGAGUGGUACAGUCCAGCUCUAAAGAUAUAAAUGCUCAGGCUCGUAAGCUCCAGAGGAACAGAGCGAAGGGGACGCUGACCCUGCCCCGAUCCAGCAACUCAUCCUUCUGCCGCAGCCUCAGCGAGACCAGCCUCAACCAGCUGGGACUGGGAGAUGAGCCCAAGCGUUACUACUCCACCCUGCCAGGACCCUUAAGGGGUCGAGAUGCGGCCUCCAGUGGCCGUAGGAAAGAGGAUGGAGGUCAGGGAGGAGUGAAGCACUCGCUUUACCAGUCCCCCCACCUCCUGCUGCUACAGGGGUACAAUCAGCAGGACUGUUUGGUGUACCUGCUGAACAGAGAGCAGCACACAGUGGGUCAGGAGACUCCGUCAGCUCGCCCCAACAUCUGCCUCUUCUCCCCUGACAUCCUGCCGCUCCACUGCCGCCUGCGCCGAGUCGCCGCACCCCGCCGCCACGCCAACAACAAGGUGGAGGAUCCGGGGGAGAGUCAGCGGUCCUGUGUUGCCGUGGAGCCGGUGCUCCACGCCACAGUCCUGGUGAACUUUUCCCGCUGCGAGCGCUCCACCACGCUGCGGCACGGUGACCUUCUUUCCUUUGGAGCGCAUUACAUCUUCCUGUACAAGGACCCCACGGGCGCUAAGCCUCUGCCUGCCCAAACCUUGGCACGCCUCCGUUCCCUCGGGCAGCUUUACGACACAGGGGUGGAGGAGGGGGAGGGCAGCGCUCAGACUUGUAAGAUGUGUGGAUCUGUGCUGAAGGACCGAGCAGCGCAGGUGUCAAGUGUUCCCGCAGUCAGACGCAGCUUCAAACCUCACCUGGUGAAGCCCCGCAGUGCAGGGCCGGCAGCGGGAGGACCCAUGGUUUGAGGAGGAGGAGGAGGAGGCGGAGGAGGAGGAGGAGGAGGCGGCGGCGGAGGAGGAGGAGGUCAGAAAAGAAGGCUACAACUGGAGUUUGACCCGGCUCAUGAAGACCAGCUAAUGAACAGGAUUCUGUCUCUCAUAGAACCUGGAGGAGAUGACCACAAGCUGACUCCUGCCUACCUGCUGUGUCUCUGCAUACAACACUCUGCCUCCACUUUCCCCCCUGGGAGUUUUGGGAAACUGCUGCUUAAGAUAGUCCGACGAAUCCAGACCAUCGCAUGGGAGAAGACAAAGGAGCUGGCUCAGAAGCAAGCUCAGCAUCAGGACCCGGCCUCGCUGUGCCUGCUCAGUAUCUCAGACCUGAUCCCAGACCUGCAGACCAUCUUCUUCUGGAUGUCCAACUCCAUCGAGAUCCUGUACUUCAUACAGCAAAGAGCCCCAGCGUACACACACACCAUUGAGACACUGCAAGGGUCAAAAGAGUCGUUGCUGUCGGCGACCAUAUCAGCCAAUGAGGAGGCAAUGACAAUCUUGGAAGAAGUGAUCAUGUACACUUUCCAGCAAUGUGUCUACUAUAUCACCAAGGCUCUUUAUGUAGUGUUACCAGGUUUGUUGGACUGUAAUCCGUUUCCAGUGGACAGCUCUGAGCCCUGCUGGAAAGGAGGUGUAGGCUUUCCUGAACCUGUGCGCAGGGUCCUUCAGGUGUUUCAGAACGGCCAGGAGCUUCUGCAGAGCUACCAGGUCCACCCGGAGAUCCAGGCUCAGAUGUUCGCUUACCUCUUCUUCUUCUCCAACGUGUCGCUGUUUAACCAGCUAAUGGACAAAGGUCCAUCUCGGGGUUGGUUCCAGCGGUCGAAGGUGCUGCAGAUUCAGGCGUGUUUGCGGAUGGUCAUGGAGUGGGCGAGCAGGUCGGGUCUGGGACACCUGGCCGACAAAUUCUUCACCAAACUCAACAGUGCUGUGUCCAUACUGGCCACGCCCCCACAACAGCUCACACAGUUAAGUUGGCGAGCUCUGUCCAGUGAGCACCCGGCUCUGAAGCCAGUACAGCUGCACAGGAUCCUCACCCAGUACCAGCUCACAGCAGAGAUAGGCCCUGUCCCAUCAUGGCAGCCCAGCAGCGAGGACGAGGCGUAUAUAUACAGAACAGUGGACCUCCUAGAGAGCUUUGAGAACCACCCUCCCAUAGUGCUGCCCAGCGGCGGCUUCAGAGUGGACCUGGAGAGCGAGUGUGUGGAGGACAGCAUCUACAGACAGCUGCUCUACAUCCGCCACUACCUGUGGGGGCUGCGCACCAAGACGCAAACACACACCAACACUCCCAGUGUGCACACACACUCCAACGGGACCAACACAGCCGACUGGCCCGACGUACAGAGGGAGUUGCUGCCUCCGGCCCACAGCAGUCCCCGCUCCGGGGGUCCUGGGGAGGAGGUGACGGGGGAGCCGGGAGAGGAUAGGGCACGGGAGAGACCUCCAGGCCAGUCACACACACACAGCCUCAGGAGGAACGGCACCAUCCACCACGCCCGGACAGCAAAUCCAGACCCGUCCUGCCUCUUGACCCCCACCAACACCCCGCUGUACCCCGACGAAGGGGGAGGGGGAGGAGGAGGGGGAGGGAAGUUCAUAGGCCCCAUCGCCCAGACUAACGGCUGCAGCAGCAGAACUGUGGCCGAGUGUAAAAAGACCAACGGACUCAUCAGCAAUGGACUGGAGGGGUGUAUUAGUGGGUGUGAGUUUCCUUUCCCUGUAUCAUCCCCUGGCGCCCCUCCCCUUCCUGAUGACUUGUGUGUGGUGUUUGUAGUGGAACUGGACAAAGGACCCUACGGACUCGGCAUGGGACUCAUAGACGGCCUGCACACUCCUCUCAACGCUCCAGGCAUCUACAUCCGAACUCUGAUCCCCGACGGCCCGGCGGCGUCUGACGGAAGGCUGAGGAUCGGAGACCGCAUCCUGGCUGUGAACGGGACCAGCUUGAUAGGAGCCGACUACCAGAGCGCCGUGGAUCUGAUUCGCCUGGGAGGAGGUCGCCUACGCUUCCUGGUGGCCAAGUCCGACCCCGACGUCUCGGAGAAGAUCAGCGCCUCCUCCUGCUGACUGUCUCCGAGCAACCGCUGCACAACACGGGAGGGAGAGGUAGGAUAGCGAGACGACGCGGGAUACAGAUGUGUGCACUCGAACAGCACACACACAAACACACACAGCAUGACACAUGGGUGUGAAAACUAGCGACAGCACAAAGCCAAGCAAUCAAACUGGAGAUUAACACUCCACGACUCCACAGCUGCCAGACCCGCUGCCCUCACGCUGACUCCAACUGGGUUUGUGUGACAGACAGAAUCCGUAACCCACGGCGACAUCAAAGGGAUACGCUGCGAGGAAAAGUCGCCUAAUUAAUCAGCGUUGGAGCCAAUUGAGGUCCAGCCAGCCAGUACGCAGCCUGAUGUGGUUUAAAGCACAGCAAAUUUAAAACGUUUUAAUUUCCCUUUGGCUGGUGCUCGCAGCAUGUGAACACAUUGGGACUUUUUCCACAUGAAUUUUAGAAUAAUUGUACUAGACUUUCAGUAGCAUGGUGAAAUAGCUGCCCAUCUCUCAGAAACAAGGAACUGUGUGGACACGAACUGACUGUACUUCUUAAAGCACUUGCAGACAAACAUGAAGACGAGGUUCUCUUCGAUGGAUGUUUUAGAGUGGAAUGUUUUCUAAUCCUGUUUGUUAGCAACUCCCAAAGCCCUGUCUGCUCAACAGACUCUAUGAAUGUUGACUUUCGCACCAGAGAGUGGCUGUAAAAGGAGGAAGAAGUAAAGUCAAGACACAGCCCAGCUCUCCUAUUUCACAUUCAACCUCAUCAUGGACUUCAUCCCGCCACUGGACAACGGAGGAGUUCCCGAUGCUCCACGUGCACAGGGGAUGUGCAGCUGCUGGGGGACAUUGUUAUUUAUUAAUGACUGGAUCAUCAAGACCACAAACUUUACUCCAGGUUCUGAUGCACAAUCGUCGUGUGUAUAAGCUACACUUGUGUUGUCAAUAUAUGCGAUAUUUAUCUGAGGUGUAAAUAGUCUUUUGUAAAUAUGUAACACCUGGUCACAUAUUGUGUGGACAUUCAAAAGAGAAACUACAUUUUGGGGAUUUCUCAAUAACCUUCUUUGACUCUGAAAAAUACUGAUGGAAAAAAGGAAUGUAAUUUUCUAAAAUGGCAGAAAUAUAGUUGUGGAUUUAUUUUAAACAUUUAAAGAAUUCAAGAACUAUUAACAAGAAUCGACUUCUGAACUUCUUAUUCCAGAAGGGUCAUUAGCUGCACUUUGAUUCAGCAGUUACUCAAAUUACAGAAAAGCAUGUCUUACUGGUGGUAUCUAGCAAAAGUCCCUUUUGAGGUUUGAGCUAUUUCGGAUUAAGAAUUUCCUUCUAACCCUUCCUGGUUGUUCACAGAAUUGUCCAAUUUCGCCUAAACAUUAAACAGCAGCUGUCUUUCCAGAGAUAGCAUAUUUUCAGUUUCUCGGGAUGAUAUACUAACCCAGGGUUCGAGUUAUAAUCUGAGUUUUAUGGGGGUCUUUAAAACUAACGUUAGGGGCGGAGAUAAAUAUAUCAAUGACAGCCGGGUAAUAACGUUAAUAACGGGUGAUAUUUAUAUACCUUUGAGGUGAAGUGAAGGCAUAUUGUCAUUCAAGAGAGAAUACGAUGCGUAGUUCUUUUGGAAAACAUGUUAAAUAAUACUCAUUACAUUGAAAAAUGCAUUAUUUGUGAUUAGCAAUGUAUUAGCGACCCCCACAGAUGUAAGAUUCCCCUGCUUUCAUAGGAGCUCAGACCCCUCCUUACGGGAGCUCACCUCCCAUUGGCUCCCACAUAACUCGAACCCUGUACUGACCUCACUAUAUGUCACCAUAAAAGGAUUAUUUAUUAAAUAUAAAGUCGUCCCGAUUCACUGUGAUGUCUGUGGAUUAUCCAGUUAUAGGGAUAUUUUUCUGGAAGUAUAGGUUGCAGACAAUUCUAUAGUUUAAUAAUUAGAUCUACAAAUAUAGGCAACCAAAACAACAGACAUGUCCUCGUGUAAUUUGGCUGAAUGGACCCUUUUAAAAAGAAGACCAGCAACAACAAGACCAAGUCACCUUCAAAAGAAAAAGCAAUACAAGUCCCUGAUUCAGAUGUAAGGUGACGAAGGAAAAAUAAGCCACGCUAGUCAGUUCUGUUCGGACUUUUGUUCUGCCCUCAGCUCUGUGGAUCACAACAUCAGUAGCAGUGACCUUCUGUCAAAAAUAAAAACGCUGCAUCUGUGCAGAUCCAGAUGUUUAUUGGCUCUCUUACUAAAAGAAGCCCAGACUUAGACAGUUUUCAUUAUUGAUUAAUCUGCCAAUCAUUCUUCCAAUUAAUAUAUUAAAAUACCUAGCUCAUUUUUUACUGGCCAAAACCCAAUAGAGAAAGUUAAACUAGCCACUAUUUUCAAUGAGAAAUUACCAAAAUGUAUUUAUUUAUGAUUUACAUUUGUUGAAAUGUCAGUCCCAACGCUGAUUCUCUCCCCCCCCCCAUCAGGUUUGUUCAACUUGGCUUUAAUCUGUUUAUGUUCAUUUAUUUGCAGUAACAUUUUACAUUUGUGUGGAUUUUAAGGAUUUAAGACAUUGAUUUCAUGCAUGUAUAUUAUUCUCUGUUCAUUAUUUAUACUGUUGAAACAUGAUGGUACUUAAGAAUAAAGAUUGUUAAUAC